AUGGAGCGGCCGGAGGUCGAGGCAGUGUCUUCCAGCGCGAUAUCCUUUGUGAGCCAGGCGAAGUUGGCAUUCGAGUACUCCUUGAAGAAUCUGCUUUGGAAGCAAGCAGCAUUCUAUGCUGAGAGGCUCGUGGCCGAGCGCCCUUGUGACGAAACGACGUACCUGCUGGGAUUGGCAUACUUCCACAAUCAGGAGCUAGCCAGGGCGCAGUGGCAUCUGCAGGGAAACAAGCUUCCCGAAGCGAGGUACCUGCUUGCGAAAUGCUGCUCGCAACUGAAGCGUUGGGACCUGGCCGAGGAUGCGCUGCUGCCUUCCAGCGCGGGAGGCAAUCUGAACGAGGUGGUCAAUGGCGCUGCAGGCCUCUUCCUCCUUGGUCAGGUCCAGGAGAGACAAGGCCGACGAGAACAAGCAGUCGAGUGCUACUUCAGGUGUUUGCAGGAAUGCCCCUUCAUGUGGGAGGCCUACGAACGUUGGUCUUGGCUCGUGUUGGGGUCACCCUCGCCCUCGCGCUCGUCAACUGCUGGAGUCGCAUCUUCGACCUUCAGUGACCAGAAGCUUGCGCAGACAGCUGCUGCAGUGGGCUCCAGCAGGGAGGCAGGCGUGAGUGUGUCCCCCGCACCUUUGCGAACUGCAGGACAUGGCAUUGAGCGCACGGGGCGAGCCUCUGCCACAGCCAUCAAGUCACAAAAUGCUCCCCCGAGAAACGAACUGGGGUCAAAAGGGACGCUGAAUCGCCGCGAGCGGCGCGAGAGUUGGCACAGCAGGUCUCUGGAUGGACAUGCGCAGAAGGAGCCACGGCGCUCGGCUGGACCAGCUGGGCAGGAUGCCCCUUCUGCAACUGUCAUCGGCGGCAACGCUUCCAACGAGUCGUUGUCCUUGGCAUCGCUGCUGUGCAAGCUCGGAGUUGCCCUUCAUGCGGUGCAUGGGUUCAACUGCCAACAAGCCGUGGACGAGCUCUCAUCGUUGCCAAAGAGGCACUAUGAGACCGGAUACGUGUUGGAUUUGGUGGGGUUAAGUCAUUUCGAGUCAGCGGACUACAAGAAGUCCGAGCUGGCAUACAACCAGGCUUGGACAGUGGAGCCUCAUCGAGUUGAAGGACUUGAGUACUACUCCUCUGCCUUGUGGCACCUUCGCAGAGAUGUGGAGUUGUGUAGACUGGCGCAGCAAUGUUUACAGUGGGACCGCCUGAGACCUCAAGUGUGGUGCGUGGUCGGAAACUGCUUCAGUCUGCAGAAAGAACACGAUGCCGCCAUCAAGCUCUUUAAGCGUGCUAUCCAGGUCGAUGCCAACUUCACAUAUGCGUACACAUUGUGCGGCCAUGAGUUCGUGGCCAGCGAGAAAAUUGACAAGGCCGUUGCGAUGUACGAGAACGCCUUGAACCUCGACCCGCGGCACUACAAUGCCUGGUGGGGUCUCGGCAACAUCUACCAUCGCCAAGAGGAACAUGAGAAUGCAAAGUACCACUUCUACAAGGCCCUUCAAGUGAAUGCGAGCAACUCUGUCCUUAGAUGCUACCUGGGCAUGGUGCUAAGCGCGUUAAAACAGCCGCUGCUGGCCCUUGACAGCUUCGACCAGGCAGCUCAGGCAGAGCCACAAAAUGGCAUGGCGUACUUCCAGAAAGCAUGCGUCCUCAUAAGCUUGGAUAGACACGAAGAAGCCCUUGCUGACCUGAAGAAGGUGCGCUGCUUGGCUCCCAAGGAGGCAUGCGUGCACUUCCAGCUAGGUAAGGUCUACAUGAAGCUGCAGAAGGACAGGAAAGCUCUGUACCAUUUCAACAUCGCCAUGGACCUGAAUCGAGACUCCAAGGAUUACCACACCAUCAAAACGCACAUUGAGAAGCUUCACAUCCGCGGCAUCAGCGAGGAUUCCACGGGUGAAGCAUCAGCCGGUGCAGGUGCUAACAGGAUCAUGAGCGCUGCCCCACCAGUUCUGGUGACCGGUGGUCUUUCCUCACCUGUGGCUGCACAGCAGCUGUACGGUCUCAGUCCUGGCUCCCGCCCGGGCUCAGAGGCGCCACAGACACCGGCGGUGCGAGGUGUUGCAGGCGGCUUUUGGAGCGCGAGCGCGAGUGGUAGUGGAG